AUGCGCGGAGCGAGCCCUGUCUGUGGUGCGGGGCGCCCGGGGGACACCCGGCGCGGCCCUCGCGCGACGGCCACGGUCGUGUGUGUGUGUCUGUGUGCGGUAGACGCACACCCGCAAAACUUCCUCCUCCCCGGCCCGGGAGGGCGGGCGCGGGCGCUGAGGGGCCGGCGCUCGCGCAGCCCGGAACCCACAACAACAACUGGAGCAGCUGUCAAAACUUCGCCGCCGCCGCCCGGCCUGACGCGGCCCGCGCGGGGGAGGGGCGGCCGGCGGGGCCGCGACCCCCCGCCCGCCCGCCCGCCCGCCGCCCCCCGCCGCCCCCCGCGGGCCCGCCGCCCCCCGCGCCGCGGCCCCUUUCUCCUCCCUCCCGCGGGCGCUGGGGGAGGGGCGUGGGCGCAGCCCCGGCCGGCGCCCCCCGCACCCCCUCCGUCGCCCCGCCCCGCACCCGCCCGCCCGCCCGCCCGCACCGCCCGGCCCCCGCCCGCGCCCCGCCCGCCGCCGCCGCCGCCCGCACCUCCCGCCCGGCCGGCCGGCCCCUCCCUCCCGCCCGCGCCCCGCCCGCCGCCCGCCGCCCCCCGCCCCCCGCCCGGCCCCUGCGCGCCGAGGUGCGCGCGCCCGCGCGUAUGUGUGUGAGUGCGUGUCCUGCUC